CUGGCCAUCGCUCUUCUUCACCCUUCUUCCCCUUCACUAUCACCUUGGAGCUCUUUCUUCUACACUUAAUUGCUCCUUCAUCUCUCCAUCAGACAAACCCUCCCUCCGACCAGCUUGUUCCACCCCCAUCGCCCGUCAACAACGCAAACAUGGCCAGCGAAGAGAGCAAAACCCCUAGCACCACCGCAGAUGGCGAGCAAUCGAAGACCGUGGCCCAGAGCGCCGCCGACACCGCCUCGGCAGUGAAGGACAACGUCUUCAGCAUGUUCGGCGGCGGCGGCGCCAAAGCAGCAAAGACCGACGACAAUGCAAACGAGGAGAACGACCGCUCGGGCAGCUCGAAAGCACAAAAGGACAAGGCGGCCGCUGCUGAGGGCGGUGACGACGACGAAAAGGCCGACGAGGAGGAGGCGGAUGUGCACUUUGAGCCGGUCGUGCACCUCACGGAGAAGGUGGAGACGAAGACGAACGAGGAGCUGGAGGAGCAGAUGUUCAAGAUGCGCGCCAAGCUGUUCAAGUUUGAUCGCGAUAGUCGGGAGUGGAAGGAGCGGGGCACGGGGGAUGUGCGGUUGCUGAAGCAUCGGGAGAAUGGCAAGACGCGGUUGGUGAUGAGGCGGGACAAGACGUUGAAGGUGUGCGCGAACCACUACAUCGUCCCUGAUAUGAAGCUGUCGCCAAACGUCGGUAGUGACCGCAGCUGGGUGUGGAAUGCUGCUGCCGAUGUGUCGGAAGGCGAGCCAGAGGCAUCCACGCUUGCGAUUCGCUUUGCCAACUCGGAGAAUGCCAACCUCUUCAAGGAAGCAUUCAUCAAGGCUCAACAGGAGAACGAAGCUCUCUUCAGCGGAGCGAAGGAGGAGGCGGCCAAGACGGAGUAAGUGGUAUACACACUGGCGAGCAGCGAGUCGACAAGGAGCGGCGACUUGCUCACCUUCUGGGCGUGUCAUCGGAGGUCUUUCACGACCAGGCGUCUAUAACAUCGGCAUGCUGCGGAGAGCGGUAUGCCGGGUUCCCUGCAGCAUUUUGGGCGUUCAUCACCAUCACCACCUUCACCAACUUCACAUCACCAUCGCCAACCCCACCAACAUCGACUUGUCCCGUCCGAAAUGGACCUCGCACAACACCCCAAUCACCUUGAUCAUCAUCGCAGCACUCCCAUGGAAAGCGACAGGUGUCGGUGGAAAGCUGAGUAGAUAGAAAGACAGAAAGCGUGGUAGAGACGCGAAAAGCCCCUUCAUUACAAUUCAUAUCCCC